GUCGAUAUUAUGUCGACCAUUUUUUUUAAUUUUUUGUCAGUAAUAUUGAUUUAUUUUUUGUUUUUUCAAAUGGCUCCUAGACUCAUAAUUCCAGCACCCGAGCAUUUUACUGGCCGCGUGACAUGUAGAGGCACCGGAAUUUUUGCAAAAAUCAAGGCUCGGUUUGAGGAGUACAACUUGAAUAACACGGCGAAGGAAAGCCGUUUUAGCAACUUUUGGAAUGCCGUACCCCUGACAUUCUCCUCGGUGUUAUUUCACCAGCUGAUGCUCCACAAAAUGAAGGUUGAUGCUCAAGAGGAGUUGAAGAUGCGGUUUUACAUUGGUCAGAAGGAAGUCAGAUUCAGAGUGCUUGAGUUUGCCCUCAUUACAGGCCUGGACUUCUCCUCGGGGCCAACAGAAGAGGAGAAGGCUGAGCAGGUUGCUCGCUCAGGGUCAGACCAAUUGAUCAACAAAUAUUUCAACCGGUCUGGUAGUGUGAAGACAGAAGCACUCCAAGAUAGGUUCACAAACUGUCAGAACCCGGAAGACUUGUACAAGAUUGGCUUGUGCUUGUUUGUCGAGUCAGUGCUUCUGGGUCGCGAGGCUAACGCGCUGAUUACGCCUGACAUACUUAGAUAUGUCGAAGAUCUCGAGUUCUUCUUCCGGAUUCCUAGGGGGAAGCAGUCAUUCGCUAGACUCAUGCACUCGCUUCAAAAAGACAUGUUGAAACAGAAGGCCAACUAGGAGAAGAAGCUGAGUUCGGAUGUUCAGCAUGAGUGCAAAUACACAACUUAUGGCUUCGCACCUGCGGUACAAUAUUGGGCGUAUGAGGCCAUUUUGGAGGUUGGGAAGAGGUAUGGCACGAAUCAUGGGAUUCGGCUUCCCAGGAUGCUUAGCUGGACGAGCAAGGGUGAUAUUGGGAAGAAAGAAAUCAGUUCGAUAUUUUCUAGACGGGUAUGAGUUUAACUUAUGUUUAGAGUAAUUAUUUAACAUAAAUGCUUGUGAUAAUUGCUAAAUGGUUUUACUCUGAUAUUUUUUGAACCAUAAACAGAAUCUUGAAGUGGUGAAGGGGCUACUUCCACGGACAGAAGAGGAGGCAUUUGUGAGGACCAUCUCUUACGAUGGUGUGGAUGACACAGAGGCUGAGGCAGAUACUCAGGUACCACACACUCAGGUACCAGACACUCAGGUACCAAUUUUUGGAACUUUUUUUUAUGAUUGUAUAACUUGAUUGUUUUAUUGUUUUUGUUAUGUGAUAUUUGUUACAUUGUGGAAUUAUCGUAUGCUUACCGUAUUUUUUUGGUUUAUAUUUUUUUCAGGCCACUGGUUCAGACCCUCAGCCUAGUGCACCAUCUUCAUCAGGCGUUCGUGGUGCCGAUUACAGUGAUUUAGUGGGGAGGUUGGAUAGGAUCAAGGCUGACUAGAAGGGUAUGUACGUUUGUCAUGCCGAGCUGAAGAAGGCAUAUGAGACCAGCCAUAUAGAGCUGAAGGGCGGUCAGAACGUAAUUAUGGAGCAGCUCAAACAUAUAUUGGCCAUGUUGAAUCGUCCGCCAACGACAUCUUCAGCACCGGAGGCCCCAGCAGAUCCAUCUACCCCACUAUCAGUUGCAUCACCCCCACUACAAGAGGAGGAGGUCUUCCCUGACGGGUACGAUCCUUAUGAGGGAGCUCCAGCGACUCCCAUCGAUACAUGUAUUAUCCAUGUACAUGACAAGGAGUCCCAGGGUAAAAUUUUGGCGAUAGAGGCACAACCUGCAGGGGUUAAGAGUCGGAAGAGGAAGAGAAAUCCUCUUGUAUGGUUCCGUGACUACACGGAGAUGAAGAAGAAACAGAGGCCUUCUUCGACGUUUGAUCCCCUGGCGCCACCGGAUGAGCAAUUGUUUGAUACUUUCCGAAAGUGGUGUUGUGGACUCAUUCCAAACCACCGACUUCGAGAUUUGAGAAGUGGUGAUUACGGUCCAUCAUUCUUUUGGAAGCUGCUGAUACCACUGGAAUUGCUUACAGAUGACCAUAUAGAUGCAGCAAUGCAUAUGCUGAGGAGGCGACGCGCCGACUAUCCACUGACAUUUCCUCAGAAGGGUAUCAUUCUCUCCACAUUCGUGACCACCAUGAUCAGCAGUGCAUGGAUGAAUCACAGGGGUGAGAGGAGAAACUUUGUGUGGGAGGAUUAUAUCUUGGAGUACUGCAGAGGGGUUCAUAAGUUCUUUCCGAGAUGGAUGGGUAAUGAGUUCAUUUACUUCAUUUUGCAUCUUCCCGACCAAAGGCACUGGGUCACAGUUGAAGUUGACAUAGAGCUGUGGAAAAUUAAUGUGUAUGACUGUGAUUCCAGCGUUUGUCAUUGGACCGCCAUGGCACCCGUCUUGAAGACUUGGGAAGAACUGCUACCCUCGCUAAUCCAUGCAACCGGGGAUUGUCCACGUAACAACCAGAUCAUGACAUUAACUAAUAAGUACAUCACCGUGCUUCCAAAAAUGCAUGCGAGUCGAGCCACUCACGACUUAGUUCCGAAGGCAACAAUCAGUGGUGAUUGUGGCAUUUAUUGCAUUGAGUAUGUGGAGCAUCUCAUGAUGAAACGUGGAUUAACCGAUGUCACGCAACGCCGGAUCAAGUUGUUUCGUGAACGGUGGUGUGUUGCUUUAUUUUACCAGAAUAUCGGCUGAUUAUAUGUGUAAUUAUGGUGACAUUGUAUAUUUUGUGUAAUUAAAAUUACAGUUAUGUAUAUAUAGACUUUCUCUUCGUUCAA